ACACCAUAUCGACUACACUUUGAUUGCAUUGUGUGUGUCUAUGUGUUUUUUACUUAUUUCUAUCUCUUUCUCAAUCUAUUAAAAAAGAUAUAUGUAUACAUAAAUAAAAUAUGUUUAUACAUAUAGCCGCGAUAUCGGUUGACCCGAACUCGGUUCGACCUCUAAACGAGGUGGCGGCGGCGGCCGAGCGCCGGAAGAUUGAUAUUUAAAUAAUAUUUUUCAUGUGGUCAGUUUCCCGACCGUCGUUGCGCGUGAACGCGUAUAUACCGUACGGAUUAGCAAAUAAUAAACAUAUAUUUUAUAAUCCGCCACGAGUUAUUCCUCCACCCCCGUUGCUGGCACGGAUCUACUAGAAACGUUCAAGUGCGUGUGUUUUUACUUUGUGUAAUUCUAAGCGCAGAUUUUUUACCUGCAGUGGGUCUUUGGCCUAAGCAAAAAUACUUCCCGUUCUUUGUCGUCGUCUCUGUUGCUGACCUAGGACCAAACAACAGUAUACGUUAUAGAUAUACGAGUUCAACACAAUGAAAAAAAGUGGGGGAUCGCCUAGCCAAGUUGGAAGAGAGUCGCCACACCAACAGCCCGUCUGACUCACCGCAUUGAUUGUUUCACAUCAAAAGAAGAUCCUGGAAAUUCUAUUGGCACGUGGGUCAUUAUUUGAAAGAAUUCAGGACCGGACCAAUUUAUUAUUUGAAGUAUAAGACCGAACCAUGCAGAGCUCUAUUGUAAAGUCAGUCUUCCGCGGUACUCUGCUGAAUUGGCAUUCGUUCAAUAGAACGACCAAAGUGUUUGGCGCGGGUUGGCGUCGGUUAAAUUGGAAAACUGAAGUCAUCAUACUUCAAUAGUUAUAACGUUGAAAUAAUUUUCACAAUGCCUUUAAAAUGGAGAAUAUUAUUGGUUUGUGAAGCAAAACAAAAUAGCGGUAAAAAGUACAAAACGCAUGUGCGCAAGAUAAUGGAUGGAACCUACUGAUUUGGCGACAGGCAGCAUGCAGUAGGACGUCUAACGGCGUACUUCGUUAAAAAUUGUGAAUUGAGUAUAUCGCCUGUUUCAUAUCAAACGUAGGAAUCGUAUAAAACAAAAUUUUAACUGUGGAUGUGUCAAAUUUUUAAUAAAUUUUUCAUUUAAAAUUGGAGUUGUUCUUUUAAUCUUAGACAGUUCAAAUAGAAGACUUUUAAUGUUUGUUUGAUCAUUGUACAAUCAGAAAAUAAAAAAUUCAUACCAUAAAGAUUUCUAAAAAUAUGUUUUCGUAAUGGAAGUCGGGUAAUAGAUAGUGAUAUGUCUUUCAUGGUUUGAUAAUUGUCAGCUAUGGAGGUUAUGGAACAACCCUUUGCCGUACCGGAAAAUGUAACUAAUACUUCUGUUUUCGAUAUCAACAACUUACCUUACGAACUACGUUUUAACGAUGGACACAUCGUCACAAUUGUCACUUAUAGUAUCCUAAUGGUGAUUUCGGCCAUUGGAAAUAUAACUGUACUCACUAUUAUAUUAAGACGAAGGCGCAAAGCUGGAACUAGAAUACAUGCCAUGCUAAUGCAUUUAGCAAUAGCCGAUCUCUUCGUAACAUUUUUGAUGAUGCCACUGGAAAUAAUAUGGGCUUGGACAGUUGAGUGGGUACUUGGAGAUCCUUUGUGCCGAAUAAUGGCGUUUUUCAGAAUAUUUGGAUUGUACCUAUCGAGUUUUAUUUUGAUUUGCAUAAGCGUUGACAGAUAUUUGGCCGUAUUACAACCUAUGCGACUGUACCAAAUGGACAAUAGAGGAAAAUUGAUGAUUGCUGUAGCAUGGUUUGCAUCAAUUUUUUGCAGUCUACCACAGAUUUACAUAUUUCAUGUAGAAACACAUCCUGAUUUCCCAAAAUAUGAACAAUGUGUUACUUAUCACACUUUUCCAACUAAAUUUCACGAAUUGGGAUAUUUAUAUUUUGGAAUGUUUAUGAUGUAUUGUUUACCUUUAAUAGUAAUAAUAUUCUGUUAUGCAUCCAUUAUAAUAGAAAUCUACAAGAGAUCCAGAGAAUCCAUUUGUGUCCAAGGUACUGAUAAUGUAAGAAGAUUAGGAUUUUUAGGAAGAGCUAAAAGCAGGACAUUGAAAAUGACAAUUAUAAUAGUGUUAGUAUUUGUUAUAUGUUGGACACCAUACUACAUUAUGGCUGUUUGGUAUUGGACAGAUUAUAAGUCUGCAAAAAAUGUUGAUCAAAAAGUGCAGCACGCCUUGUUUAUGUUUGCUUGUACCAACUCGUGUAUGAAUCCAAUUGUGUAUGGUGCAUUCAAUAUACGUACAAGGAGAACAUUAGUGACGCAGGGAACAAGCUCUAAAAUUGUUACUGAAUCCAGAGUUAUGACAUUUUGACAUUCUGCAGAAAGAACAACGUUAUGGUUUUUAUGAAUAUGUAUUUAUCUUUUCGAGUGAUUUAGUUAUUAUUACUAGAAAUUCACAUCAUUAAUCAAUUUAUUGUUUAGAAAUAAUUAUGCAAGCUAAUACAGUAAUUUUAUAACGCUAUUUAAUAAUAAAAAAAUGUACACACAAAUAAAUAUUUUAUUUAUAACUACACGUUUAGUUUGUCUUAGCUGAACUCUAGGGUAAUUUUUAAAAAUUUUACACGAGUUCAGUAUCAUAAUUACUUACCAGUAAUUUUUUUUACCUAGUUAAAACACUAAUCUUUUGUGCAUUGAUAAAAAAUCUCAAAUUUCGUACGUUUUAUCGAUUAAAUGUGAUUUAUUGACUUUUUUUUAUGGUAAAAAAGAGCUUUAGUAUUUUAUGUAAAAUUUUACCUAUAGUUUUUAUAAGUACAAAAGUAUAAGCUUCAGUUGGUCUAGCUAUUGUUUAGAGUAUGUUCUUAGUUUAAUUUUACCAUAAGCGACGUUAAUAAAUUUUAUAUAAUGAUUUAAGUAUUUGUACAUAAAGCAUUGCAUGUAUGGUUAUUUUAUUUAUACAGCUUGUAGUUAUAAUAUUUAAUUCAUUCCUUUAACCUUAUGUGAUUUAAUAUUUUAACAAAAAAACUUGUGUGUAGUUUUUAUUUUUUUAUUUUGAUUUUUAAUGUCUAAUCGUAGUUAAAAAAAUUGUCUUUAUUUGUUAAAAUGCAUGAUUGAUUUAAUUAUUAAUUAGUGUAUAACGCUUAUAUGUGUAAUUUUACUGUGGUAGUUAUGUGAAAUAACUAUAAAAAUAUUUAAUAUGUUUAUUAUUUAACUGUAUAAAAAUUAAUUAAACAAUAAUUAAUAACUUAAUUUUUUGUUAGGAGUAAAUAUUUGAGAUUUUUUAUUAUGAAUGAAUUAUUGAUGUAGUUUUUAAAAAUCAAAUUGACCAAUCUAUCAAAUGAUAUCAUAUCUUGUUAUCUUAUACCAAACAUUAAAA